AUGGCCGCCGCGCUCUCCAUCAAGACCAUUUCGAUUAGCGGAUUUCGCUCGUUCCGCCAGCAGGACGCGAUCGAGUCGUUCGAUCCAGGCCACAAUGCGCUCAUUGGCCGCAACGGGAGCGGUAAGUCGAACUUCUUCGACGCCGUCCAGUUCGUGCUGCUGUCGCCGCGGUUCUACAACCUGCGCCAGGAGGAGCGGCAGCAGCGCGCCCCGGCGCUGCUGCACGAGGGCGCGGGCGCCAACGCCAUGAGCGCCUACGUCGAGAUCGUCUUCGACAACGGCGGCGGGCGCAUCCCCCUCGAGGGCGACGAGGUCGUGCUCCGGCGCGCGCUCGGCGUCAAGAAGGACGAGUUCUUCGUGAACCGGCGCCGCGUGACGAAGAAGGAGGUCGAGGGCCUCCUCGAGAACGCGGGCUUCAGCCGCGCGAACCCCUACUACAUCGUCCAGCAGGGCAAGGUCAACGCGCUCUGCGUCAUGAAGGACGAGGAGCGCCUCGCCCUGCUCAAGGAGGUCGGCGGCGCGGGCGUCUACGAGGCGAAGCGCAAGGAGGCCGUGCGCACGCUCGGCGAGACCGAGGGCAAGCGCGCGACCAUCGGGAGCGUCGUCGCGACCAUCGAGGAGCGCCUCGGCGAGCUCGAGGGCGAGAAGGACGAGCUCCAGCGCUACGAGCGCCUCGACCGCGAGCACCGCGCGCUCGCGUACGGCCUCUACGACGCGGAGCUCCAGAAGGCGCGGCGCCAGCUCGAGGACCUCGAGGACGAGCGCGCCGCGGCCGCGGACGCCGCGGACGCCGUGCACGAGGCCGCGGCGGCGGCGGACCGCGACGUCGAGGCCGUCGAGACGCGCGUCGCCGCGGCGGCCGCGGGCCGGAAGGCGCUCGACGACGCGAAGCGGGCCGCGGACGACGCGCUCGCCGCGUCCCUCGCGGCGCGCGCCGACGCCGAGCAGGCCGUGGCGACGCUCGGCGCGCGCGUCGAGGGCGACGCGGCCUGGGCCGCGGCCGCGGCGCGGCGCCUCGCGCGCGCGACGCGCGCCGCGACGCGCGGCGCGCGCGACCUCGCGGCCGCGACGGAGGCGCGCGGCGCGAAGCGCGACGCGUACCUCGACGCGGCGACGGCGCUGGAGCGCGCGGAGCGGCGCGCCGCGGAGCUGAGCCGCGAGGAGCGCUUCGGCAGCCGCGCGGCGCGCGACGCGGCGCUGAAGCCGCGGCUCGCCGAGCUCGAGGACCAAAAGAACCGCGCGGCGCGCAACGCGGAGGCCGCGCGCGAGGCCCGCGACGACGCCGCGCGCCAGCUCGAGGCCAUGAAGCGCGAUCUGGCCGCCAAGCACGCCGAGGGCGCCAAGGCCCUCGCGGAGGCCGCCGCGGCGGGCGACGCGCGCCGCGCGGUCCUCGAGUCGCGCGCGGACGAGCGCGCGGUCGCGGCGGCCCAGGCGGCGGCGACGCGGGCCGAGGAGGCGAAGAGCGCCGCGCAACGCGUCGCCGCGGGCCGCCGCGACGACCUGCGGCGCCUGCUGCCGGGCCACACGGCGCGCGGCCUCGCGGCGCUCGACGCGCUGCUCGCGGAGUCGCCGGAGCUCGCGGCCAAGUGCCUCGGCCCCCUCGCGGACCACGUCCACCUCGCCGAGGACAAGUACCGCGUCGCCGUCGAGGUCGCCGCGGGCCCGCGCCUCUUCCACGUCGUCGUCGAGGACGACGCGACGGCGGCGACGAUCGUCGAGCGCCUCGAGAAGGACCCGAAGCUCGGCCGCCUGACCUUCAUGCCCCUGAACCGGCUCCGCGUGCCGCCCAAGGUGUCCAUGCCCGACGACGCGCUGGCGGACGUCGUGCCCCUGCGCGACGCGGCGCUCCUCGAGCGCCGCGGCGGCCCGGACGUCGACGCGGCGCUCGACGUCGUCUUCGGCAAGACGCUGCUCGCGCGGACGCUCGAGGCGGCGACGCGCUACGCGUCGGAGGUCAAGCUCGACGCCAUCACGCUCGAGGGCGACGAGGUGAGCCGCUUCGGCGCGCUCCACGGCGGCUCGCGCGAGGACCGGGACUCGACGCUCCUCGCGCACGGCGACCUCCGCGCCGCGGAGGCGGCCGUGGCGACGGCGGACGCGGCGCUCGCCGCCGCCCGGGCGCGCGUCGAGGCGACGGCGACGUCCUUCGAAGCCGACGGCCGCAAGGCCGCGGACCUCGCGGCGCAGCGCGACCACCUCAAGGGCGCGGCGUUCGCCGCGCGGUCCGCGCACGACCAGCUCGCGCUGCGCUGCCGCGACGCCGAGGACGCGCUGCGCGCCUUCCACCCGGACCGCGUCGCCCGCGCGGACCGCGCGGCCGCGGACCUCGAGGCGGCCUGCGGCGACGCGCGCCGCCGGCUCAAGGCGCCGUGGCGCGCGUCGGAAAACGCGACGGCGGAGCGCGCGGAGCUCGAGGAAUUGGCCGAGGGCGGCGCGCGGCGCGUCGCGCUGCAGCGCGCGCGCGACGACGCCCGGGCGGCGCUCGACGACGCCGAGGGCGCCGCGCGGGCCCUCGAGGCGGCCCUCGAGGGCCGCCUCCGCAAGGAGCGCGACGACCUCCGCGCGGCGCUCGGCCUCGUCGCCGCGGAGGCGUCCCAGGAGGAGGACGACGACGACGGCGGCGACGACGCCAUGGACGAGUCCGACGACGAGGGCGCGGCGGCCGAGGGCGAGUCGGCCGCAGCGCGCGCGGACCGCGUCGAGGCGCUCGAGGCCGCGAAGUCGGCGCUCGCCGCGGCGACGUCGGACUACGCCGCGGACGAGGCCGCCGUCGAGGCCGCGGAGCGCGGCGUCGCGUCGGCGGCCCAGGCGGCGCACGCCGACGCCCAGGCCCUCGAGGAGGCGCGCGCCGCGCGGCAGGCGCUCGCGGACGACCUCGCGGACGCGGCGAAGACGGCCGAGAAGCUCGUGUCCCGCCGCGCGGUGCUGCUCCAGCGCCGCGAGGAGAACAUGAAGAAGAUGCAGCGCGUCGGCGCGCUGCCGGCGCGCGAGGUCGACGCCUUCAAGGACCUCAGCAUCGACGAGCUGCUCGCGAACCUCGCGACGUGCAACCGCGACAAGGCGAAAUUCGCGCACGUGAACAAGAAGGCGCUGGACCAGUACGUCAACUUCGCGGACCAGCGCGCGCUGCUGCUGGACCGGCGCCGCGAGCUCGACGAGGGCGCGACGGCCAUCGAGGACCUCAUCCGGACGCUCGACGCCAAAAAGGACGAGGCCAUCGACCGGACGUUCCGCGGCGUGUCCAAACACUUCGCGGACGUCUUCUCGGAGCUCGUGCCCGACGGCGAGGCGAAGCUGGUCAUGGUCAAGCGGCCCGUCGCCGAGGCGCCGUCCCAGUCCUCGGCGUCGUCGCUCUCCGUGGACGCGGGGCCCUUCGUCGGCGUCCAGGUCGCGGUCCAGUUCCCGGGCGCGGCCGCCGCGCACGCGCACGUGUCCAUGAACCAGCUCUCCGGCGGCCAGAAGGCCCUCGUGGCGCUGGCCCUCGUCUUCGCCAUCCAGCGCUGCGACCCGGCGCCCUUCUACCUCUUCGACGAGAUCGACGCGGCGCUCGACGCGAACCACCGCGCGGCCGUCGCGGCGUUGGUCAAGCGCCAGGCCGCGGCCGAGGACGCGCCCGCGCAGUUCAUCACGACGACGUUUCGGCCGGAAUUCGUCAACAUCGCCGACGCCCACUUCGGCAUCUCCCUCCACCACAAGACGUCCAAGCUGCACCACAUCUCCAAGGACGACGCGCUCGCCUUCAUCACGGAGAUCAACGCGACGUCGGCGCCCGCGCCGUGAGGCCCGGCCGACCCCCCUGUGCUGUUGUUGUCGCGUUUAGGGGAGCACUACUAAGGGUGCUCUCUUAGC